CGUUGUACGCUGCCGAUAAACCCGGCACAGCUGAUAUUUUCUUCACUUGGUCCUACAUUAGUGCAGCUAAAGGACGGCAGACUAAUAUCACAGCACUGAAUCCGGGGUUCAUCUCGCGCAUAAGCGGAAUGAAAACUUGAAAAGGCAGCGAUUUGCAAAUUCGCCAUUCAGUCUGUGCCUUCAAUCGUGACAUUUAAUAUCUCCGUUGUUCUUUCUUCAAAGCACAAACAACCAAACGUGUUAAGAUUUUCUCCAAAGCUGCAUCAAUUACUUUAAUGUCAACCAUUUUCCCUUUCAUACCAAAUGUAUUUUGUAAGAAUAACCCGAAAUUGGUUUAAGCAGAUGUAUUUCAUUGGUGAAACUCAGGUCACCAAAGUUGACCAGAUUGUUUGACUGCCAUAUCUUCUGACGUAAAUGUUGACAUAGCUACCCACCAAAAAGUGAAUGAAAGAAAACAAGUAAAGUUGUUUACACAUUCGAUAACACGCAGUUAGUGUAUACAGGCUGACACGCCGCACAGGUAUAUAAUUCUCUGGACUAGGUUUAGGUUGAAGUAACGGGGAGGCUAUGUUGGAUUUUCAGUAAAUUGUUCGUGUGGUCCCGAGGUCAGAAAUGCAUCCCCGGCGCAGUGGUCAGGAAGUCCUAAUGUGUGAUAUCUGCGAAAGUGUCUUCGUACAGAGUCAUUGUGAACUUUGUAAUCUAAAUUUAUGCAAAACCUGUGUUGGGGAGCAUCUCUCAGAUUCGUCUGUAAGGCACAACGUCGUACCCUAUUCACACAGGAAGUCUACCCCAAACUAUCGGAAAUGUCCGAAACACCCGAAAAGACAAUCCGAACUUUACUGCGAGAAUUGUGAGAUUCCUGUCUGCAUUAUCUGUGUCUCCUCGGGGAAACACAAAGGUCACGAUAUAUCAAAUGUCUUGGAAAAAUUCAGCUCAAAAACGCAAAAUUUACAAAAAGAUCUGGAAGAAUUAGAAACAAGAAUUUAUCCCCGAUAUCAAGAAAUGGCGUCCGAUGUCCAAUCAGAAAAAGCCGAGUUAGUAACGAUUUACGGAAAACUGAUCACAGCUGCCGAAAAACAAGGAGAAGUCUGGCACCAAGAGAUCACCGCCAUUGUCAACCGACAGACUUCCGAUAUUCAGGAAAUGAAAAAGAAACACCUAUUUACCCUGAAUAAAAAUACAGAUGAAAUCAAACAGAAAAUUAUUGAACUCAAACAGAUCAUUUCCGACUUGAAAUCAAUCCUAAAAUCAAAUGACGUCUCCUUAACCUCUACUUACAAAUCUAGGAAUUCCGAAUUUAGAACAUUACCGCUUAAAGUCCGAAUUACACUACCACGCUUUUCUCCACGGAAAAUAAGCAAAGAUCAGCUCAAUGAAAUGUUUGGUUCUCUGUCAUCAUUAUCCAUUAACACAGAACAUGGCGACACAAUGAAGUCACCAGGAGCUGUAUCGUCUCAUUCAGUCAAACCACUGCUUGAUGAACCGCGACUCACCGCCAUCAUAGACACUGGGUAUAAACAAGGAUUAUUCAGUGUUAGCUGUAUCAGCGAAGAUCAAGUCUGGACACGCGGGGAUACCAACACCAUGAAACUCUUCAACCUCCGGAGUAAACUACUGACUUCAAUACAAACUGAGUCAGGGAACAGGCCAGAGGACAUAACAGUGACACGGAAUGGAGAUCUUGUUUAUACUGACUAUAAGAGUAAAACUGUAAAUCUAGUGAAGAAUAAACAUAUACAGACCAUGAUCACACUACAAGGGUGGAGACCCCGCAAUAUCUGUUGUACCUCGUCUGAUGAUCUCCUGGUUACCAUGGACAGUGAUGAUAGAACACAAUCGAAAGUUGUGCGUUACUCAGGUUCCACAGAGACACAAAGCAUUCAGUUUGAUGAUCAGGGUCGUCCUCUCUAUUCACAUGGUUAUUAUAAUAACUAUCAAUACAUCAGUGAGAACAAGAACCUGGAUAUUUGUGUCGCUGACCGUGAAGCUAGUGCAGUAGUGGUGGUCAAUCAGUCAGGAAAACUCCGAUUUAGAUACACUGGUCAUCCCUCUAUUACCACGGAAUCAUUUGAUCCAGUCGGCAUCACUACAGACAGCCAGAGUCACAUCCUAACAGCAGAUUGGGAUAAUGGUUGUAUCCACAUCCUAGAUCAGGACGGACACCUCCUCCGAUAUAUUCGGAACACUGACCAUUUAAGCACCCCAUGGGGUUUAAGUGUGGACACCAGGGACAACCUCUUUGUGGCUGACUAUCACAUUGCUAAAGUGAAGAAAAUCCAAUAUCUUCAAACACAGUGUUAAUCACACAUAUCAAGACAGCGUUAAUUACACAUACCAAUAGUAUUAAUUACAUAGCUUGUUCUGGGUAUAGUCAGUUUUUAAAUCGAGGUAAGCUACUGACAAACAAGUUGAUGGUACAGGGAUUUCAACAGUCUCGAUUGAAGUCAGCAUUUCGCAAAUUCUAUGGUCGUUAUAACGAUCUAGUUCGUCAAUACAACCUCGCAUUGGGUCAAAUGCUGUCUGACGUGUUUCAUACUGAUUGUUAAGCCGUUCUUGGCACACUGAUUUUGACUGCGGAUAACUCCGUUUACCUGAUCAGGAUAUGGGGCUCACGGCGGGUGUGACCGGUCAACAGGGGAUGCUUACUCCUCCUAGGCACCUGAUCCCACCUCUGGUGUGUCCAGGGGUCCGUGUUUGCCCAACUAUCUAUUUUGUAUUGCUUGUAGGAGUUAUGAGAUUGAUCACUGUUCGUUAUCUUCACCUUAUAGUUAAACUGAGUGUUACAAUCUUGUGACAAUUUUAGAUAUUUUUGUAUAAUAUAUUUAUCGAAUAGUU